AGCACUCUCUCCGCUAGCCCUCUCGCGCGUUUGUCACGGUUCGUGUGUAGGUGUCUCGCUAUUGCGUAUAUAGGUAUGCGCACAGAUACACGUGCGGCACGUGUGUGGCCGUCAGCGAAAUUUAAAUAGAUUCGAGUUGAAUUGAGGCCUCGUCCCGAAAACGGGUGCGUGACGAGACGAGAGUCGUUGCGCUAGUAGUUUUCCAGGCGAUCUUUCCCUCUCCCUCUCUUACUCUUUCUCUUGCCGACGCCGUGUCAGCGUGCUCAUUCACAAGUUGCGCACGUUCAGCAACAGCAACAACACAAGCAGCAGCAGCAGCAGCAGCAGUAGCAGCAGCCGCGAGCAACAGCAGCAGUAGCACUGGCGGCGGGGCCCCUACUCUCUUGCUCGCUAUCCCCGGGCCAGUGCCUCCGUUGCCUGCACGAACGAGCGGAACGAGUUCAGUUAGUUGCGCCUCGCAUUCUGUGCAAGCAGCAACAAUAGCUCUUUAAAUCAGUGCGGCGACAACAACGGCAACAACAGCAGCAUUGGCAGGCAGACAGUGUGUGCGUGAGUGCGACUGGAGGGCUCAUCACAGAAGACGAUAAAGAUACAGAAGGAAAGAUAGACGACAGAUAGACAGCCGAGAGGAAGUGUAUUGGCGCGCGAGAUAUUGUAAAGCACAUAUGACGUCAAAACAGAAAGUGACAGCAGAGCAGCAGCAGCAGCAGCAACAGCAACAGCACCAGCCGCAGCGUGCCAGUGCAGUAGAAACAUCAGCAGCAGUGGUAGCAGCGAUGAUAGUAUUAUUUUGACAGCGCGCCAGCAGUGAGCAGCGAUGAGCUUGGGCUGUAGCAACGAGGCCCUGCUGCAGGAGCUCGCAGACCUGCCCUGUUCCUCCGUUCAGCAAAAGCUCAACCGAUACUUUCAAGAUGCGACCGGGGCGAGGGUGUCAUUCCUGCUGCCGGUUCGGCGAGAAACCGAGGAGAUGGUUGUGUACGUCGUCGGCGAGAAGGUCCUCGAGCAAGAGAUCAGAUUCCCGAUGGCAACGUGCGGCGAGGGCCUGCGCAACGCCGUACUCAGCGGCGAGUCGUGCAAGCAGCGCGUCCAGGAGCUGGACGCCGACCUGCUGGCGACGCUGAGGCAGGUGGCCGAGCCGCUGCCCGAGGUCUACCUGUGCGUGCCGGUGCAGCACCCGAUCAAGAAGCAAGUGGCACUGGUGGUGUGCCUGCUGGGCUUGGUGGAGGACGAGGCCAGCGCCGAGGUGCAGGAGUGCUUCAGAUACUGCCUGAGCCUGCUGCUGAGCACGCUACGUUGCCAGGAGGAGACCAGGCUGAAGGUGCAGUGCCAGGACCUGCUCGACGUCUCGAAGAAGCUGUUCACGCGACUGGGCGACCUCACCGACCUGCUGCGCGAGAUCAUGACCGAGGCGAGGAAGCUGACCAAGGCCGAGAAGUGUUCGCUGUUCCUGUUGGAGGCGGAACAGCAGGAGCUCGUGGCCAAGGUGUUCGACGGGCUGCCGACCGAGGAGACCGCGCAGGAGAUGCGCAUCUCGCUGGGUCAAGGGAUCGCCGGCCACGUGGCCACCACGGGCAAGCUGCUCAACAUUCGUAACGCCUACGAGCACCCGCUGUUCUACCGGGGCAUCGACGAGGUGACCGGCUUCCGGACCAGGAACAUCCUCUGCUUCCCCAUCCGCGACGAGAACGGCAUCAUCGGUGUGGCCCAGCUGUGCAACAAGAUCAACGGGCUCUACUUCGACGUGUACGACGAGGAGGUGGCGAUGGCUUUCAGUAUUUACUGCGGCAUCUCGAUAAUGCACAGUAUUGUUUACAAGAAAAUACAGGAUGCCCAGGCGAGGAGCAAGCUCAGCAACGAGCUCAUGAUGUAUCACAUGCAGCAGGUAGAGGAGGAAGACGUACGAGCUUUUUUAAAUUGCGGCGACGACCACAAUGUCAAAGACUUUGAUACCUUUCAAUUUUGUCCGCGCACGGUACCGUACAGGCACAUGCCCUGCUACGUGCUGAAAAUGUUCGCCGAUUUGAAUUUCAUACGACGCUGGAAAAUUCGGAAAACCGUUCUUGCCAGGUUCAUUCUGUAUGUUAAGAAAGGUUAUCGCGACGCGCCUUAUCACAACUGGAUGCACGCCUUUUCGGUGGCGCACUUCGCCUACUUGCUCAUGAAGAAUCUUCAUCUGGUGAGGGACGGCUACAUGACUUCGCUGCAGGCGCUUGUGUUUCUAGUCUCGUGCCUCUGCCACGACAUUGACCAUCGAGGAACGAACAAUUCCUUCCAAACCAAGUGCGGCACAAUUUUAGCCAGUCUCUACAGCUCCGAAGGCUCCGUCAUGGAGCGACACCAUUUGGCACAGUCCAUGUGCAUUAUCAACACCGAGGGCUGCAACAUUUUCGAGAACCUCACUAGCGAAGAAUACAGUGAAGCGCUCGACUUGCUGAGGAAUAAUAUUCUCGCUACGGAUCUCGCUUCUCACUUCAGAAGUUCAACCGAGCAAAAAAUGUUAACGAGGGAAGGUUACGACAAAGGCAAUCCCAAGCAUCAGAAAAUUUUGCACGCCAUGUUUAUGACGAGCUGUGAUCUAAACGACCAAACCAAAAAUUGGCGAGUAUCGAAGCAGACAGCGGAACAAAUCUACGACGAAUUUUUCUCGCAAGGUGAUUUAGAGAAAAGCAUGGGAACCGCGCCAAUCGAAAUGAUGGACAGGGAAAAAGCGUCAAUACCGGAUCUUCAAGUACAAUUCAUAAACAAUCUAGUUUACCCACUUUUUACAAAUUUAGCAACGUUGUUUCCGGCUUUGCAGCCACUUGUACGUAUUAUUGAGCGAAAUCGUGAAAUUUGGAGGAUCGCUACGGCCGUUUUUCAAAAGUAUAGCGAAAGAGGAAUGACUGGAAUGGAUAUUUUGUUGAAUGCUCGGUUGGAAGAAGAAGUUCUUUUGCAAUGUAACAAUGCUGACGAAACGUCCAUGAGUCAGACCCCUAAUAGUAGCAGCAGUAGUAAGGUAGACUUUAAUUUCGAAAGUGUAACUUUUGGCGUUUGAAGAGUUGUUAUAGUUUAGAGAAUUGAUUUUGCAUUUUUUAUCAUUCACUUGUAUGAAAUUUAUCAUUACGACAUUUUAUCGAAAAUGCACGAUCGCGCGAGUGGGGUACUGUGUACGAGCUUUGCCCACAGGGUUUACGUUAUAUUCUAUUUUAUGCUCUGUGCAGAAUUCAUUGAAAACGCAGUAAUCACUGUAAUGGAUACAAACUUGAUAGUUUAUCGAUUCAAUUAAGUGUGGCAUUCAAAAAAAUGCUAUGUGCAAUAGUAACAUCGAAUUAUUUUGUUACUGCUCAAGUAAAGUCUUUAUUCAAGCGCCUGAAUCGCCUUCUUUCACCUUCCGGAAACUUAAAAUUAUGCAAGUUAGAUGCAAUUUAAUUUAAGUUGAAUACAUAGAGAAUGCUGGCGUUCUCAGACGAAUGCAACUAUUGUUGCGGAAGGCAAUUGCGAAAAGUAUAGCGGGAAAAAAUUCCUAUAACUUUCAUACAAACGAAGACUAGUUUUGGAGAUAAACUUUUACCGGGGAUUAGUUGGGAUUCUCGAGGCGAUGGAUAUUACACAUGUCAGUAUUCCAAAGCCAAAUUAAAUAAAUUAUAAUGUUCCUCUUUAAAGUUUAAAGCCACUUAGCCGUAAAAGAAAAGAUAUAUGAAACAAAAGUCGUUUGAUUCAGAUUGCAAUGCUCAAAGCGUUUUACAAUAAUAUUCAAGAAAUUAUUUUUUUUCGUACCUGAUAAGAAAUAGUGGAAUAAAGUGACAAUAGAGACUGGAAACACAAUUAAAGAAACCAUGUCUCAAAAAGCUUACAUCUACAUGACUUGCAUAAUGCCAAUGUUUAUUUCAAAGUCGCACAAUCUUUUUCAUUGAUAAAGCGUUUUAUUAGCAAACGCAACUCAAAACAUUCCACUAAAACAGAAGCCUAACUUUUCAUUCUGUUCGAACAAUCAAGUUAUUGACAAUUCAAUCAAUCUGAAGCCAAAUCCAUCAGAAAAGUACUCAUAAUCUAUUGAAUUUCAGCUAUUCCUUCACUAAGGUGAUCAUCCAUUUUAUGUGCUUUAUAUUAUCGUAGAUAUAUAUACUAGCUUUAAAACUGUAUAAAAGAUCAACUGAAAAGAUAAAAAAUAAUAGUAAUUGUCACGCAAGUUUCAGCUUGUAGCUUAAUACUCUAGCAAUUUGUUGUUGUACUACAUCUAUACUAUCAUCGUUUCAAUAAUUUCUGAGCAAACCGCUCUGACAAAUGAUCGAAUUGUCAAAUUUACAGAUGUCCCAAUAAUUUCUCAACUUAAAGACUAAGAAAACAAAAGCUUUAUAUGUGUAGUCAGCAUCAAGUUACUGUUCAAGUUGAAAAACGCCGUAGAUGUUUAAAAUUUCAAUAGUCUAAAACAUCGAAAUAAAGGGGAAAAAGAACCUAGUUUGAUAAUGUAUAACCAGUUUGUUACGCUAAAGUCAAUGAAAAAAAACAUUAUUUUUUUUACAAAAAUCAAGUUACAAUAAAUGAUCAAGCGGUACAUCUAGUCAAAGUAUCGGAAAAGUGUAAAUCCGUUGUUGGAAAAAUUUGCACUAAUAAUUUGUUGGCAAUAAUAUCUAAGUUAAAAAUUUUUUAUACGUAAAUCCAUCCAUUUCUGUAGAGUCGGAAAUUACCAGGCAUUUUUCUCGUUGCAAUAUGACGAAAAAUACAAUUUUAUAGAUACAAUUAAGCAUUGUGAACAGUUUCACGUUAUAAAUUAAUUUAGUUUUCUAUUGCGUUAAUUUGUAGAUAAGAAUGUUUGUGUUUUAAUUACAACAAGAUUUUAAUGUUUUAAUAAAAAAAUAUGUUGUAACCGUUAUAUUUAUACUUAUGUGGAUCGCAAGAAAGAAUUGAAAAUUUAUAGUCAAAAUCGAAUUGUAUAACACGAUUUAAUAUAUAGCGUUUGUAAAACAAACCUAUAAGAGACUUUGUACAUAAGGAGACCAACGUCAGACAUUGGCCAUUGGACAAAAGAUAAUCAAAUAACAUUAUUAUACUAAUAAUGUUAAUAUGAUAGAUUCACAUUUUUUUAUCAUUUCUCGCAUUCUACGUAAUUACAAAAUAUACCCAGAUUUUAAACAAAUUCGUCUUAUACCUCGAUACACAUCCAAUGUUCAUUGUCCGACAGACUAUGUUUCCUUAUGGAGAAAGCCCCUAUAUGCGGUUCAGAAUUCGAUACAAAAUAAAAUUGUAAAUAUGUAAUAAUUUAUACGCAGAAAUUUUUUAAAUUUAUCAUAAAAUUAUAUCAAUAUUACUUGAAAUAAAUAUAGUUUGUAUUAAUAAUAAGUAAAACUAUGACAAAUUUAGAAAUUGGUACUAAUAUUCAGUCAUAUUUAUUAAAAUUAUUGUAAUUGAUCGCAAUAAUAAAACGACACCAU